AUGUAUUGGUCGAAGUCCCUUCUAGCAACAUGGGUCUGCCUGGCCCAGCUGAGCGCCGCUCAGAUGUUGGCCUUCACAGCAUGGCCAACCCACAUCUCCCAGGGCCAGCCAGCUACGGUGACUUGGUUGGGAGCUCCUGAUGUACCUGUCACCAUUUAUCUGCGUAAAGGUGAUGCGAACAACCUCGAGCACGUCCAAGUCUUGACUACCGAUGCGAAAGGCGGAUCCUUCACUUUUGUUCCCGACGAUUCCUUGCCCGAUGGUUCAGACUAUGCCUUGCAAAUCCAGCAAGGCGCCGAGGAGAAUUAUUCUGGACUAAUGACACUUGGGAACCCUGGCAGCAAGCCACCAAGUCCUCCGAAGCCUCCAUCGCCCACAGAAGACAGUAAGCCGCAGAACGUUUCCAAGACCUCCCCUCAAGACGAUACCUCAACCCACAACGGCACCUCACCUCACGACGCGUGGGAAACGGAGGUCGCGAAGGGUAACAAUGCCCAAUUCGCCAGUGUGGAAGAUAUGUCCAAGGGAUCUAACUCAAACUUCACUCACGGCAAAAGCGCAAUGCCGGCUAAGUUAGAAACCAGCGGUGCUUCUAUUGAAAACUUGUACCUUGGCUGGGUCCUGGCGACAGCAGGUGUCUUGUUCUAUGUCGCCGAAUAA